AAAGGUAUAAACAGUGGAAGUGAAAAUGUGUUGGAAAAGAGCUGGAAUUACUUGAGAUAUCUUGGAAUAAACUGCUUGAAAGAAUGGAAGAGGAACAACAGAGUGGUCCGACGCAGCAUGACACUCUUCUGGGUGAAAUUGAAAGCAGCGAUGGCCCAGUUGGACCCACACUCAAGACUGUAUAUGAUAGUGAUGGUCAUAAAUUGUUCAUGCAAAAACUGGAUGAAAGCAUCACACAUCAUGAUAAAGAAAUAGAAAAGAUGUGUAAUUUUCAUUAUCAAGGCUUCAUUGAAUCUGUCAAUGAGCUACUUAAUGUCAAAGGCGAUACCCACAAGUUGAAGCUUUAUGUACAGGAUUUAAAUGUGUCAUUCAACAACUCAGGUUGUGAGCUUGCAAAACAAAUCAGCAGCUUGAUUCAGUGUCGAUUGAUGCAAAGAAACAUAGCAUCUGCUAUAGAGACAAUUACAUUAUGUUUGCCAGUUCUCGAAAUGUAUGCCAAGUUGCAAGAACAACUGGACGGAAAAAGAUAUUAUCCAGCACUAAAAAGCUUAGAACAACUUGAGCAUACAUAUCUUCCACGAAUUAAGAGCUUCAGAUUUGCGGAGAUCAUGAGUUCUCGCAUUCCAGUUUACCGUGAGAACAUAAAGAAAGCAGCCAUGUCUGAUCUGAGGGAUUUCCUUGCCAGUAUCAGGGAACACUCAAAGAUUCUUGGUUCAAUUGCGAUGAAACAGGCACAAAAACGUCAUAAUUUAUCAAUUUUACAUGGAGUUGGAGCAGAAUUGAACCCAUUUGAGAGUGAAGAGGAUUCUUGUUCAAGUGCCCAUGAGCUGGUGGACUUUUCACCUGUUUACAGAGGUCUUCAUAUUUAUACUGUCCUAGGUUUACGAGAUGAUUUUGUUGAAUAUUAUCGAACACAAAGACGAAAACAAGCAAGGCUUGUUUUGGAAGCCAACAGUGGCAACUCGACAACUGGAAGAUCACUUGAAUCUUAUCGCUUGUAUUUCCACGAGAUUGUGGGGUUUUUUGUUGUAGAAGAUACAAUAAUGCACACGACCCAAGGUUUGGUAACCAGGAGCACCAUUGAUGAAAUGUGGGAAAUGGCUGUUGCAAUCAUUGCUGUUGUUUUAAAAAACCAAUCUGGUUACUGCAAGGAAACUGAUUUGCUAAUUAAAGUGAAGGAAUUGAUUGGCUGGUUCUGCAAUACUUUGUCUGCUUACGGUUUAACAGUUUCUCAGCUGAACGAUGUUCUUCACGGCAUGGGGCAACAAUAUCAUACCAUUUUGAUGGGACAUUGGGGCGACAUUUUCAAUGGCGUUUUUGAUGAGGAUAACUACAAUCCAAUAGUCUGUCAAAGCAAGCAAGAAUUUCAAGAUGUUUUUGGAGACUUUCCGCGUUACAAUGAUCAACUGAAAGAGGAGAGUUUUCCGAAGAGAAUAGAUUUUUCUGAAUGUGUCAUAAAAGUUUACGCUCAGAUAAAAGAAUUUAUCAAGUCGUCACUGAAAUUCUAUGAAAAUCUCAAUUUCAGUCAAAUGGACAUUGGUGACAAUGUUAGAAGAUCAACGAAUUUUUUAAUCACUAAAACACUUGCAGGCUGUCUUAAUAAUGUUAUCAGACGAAAAAGAUUGACACUAGCUCAGACGGUUCAAACAUCCAUCAACACUUUGCAUCUUGAAGCUGCCUGUUCGAGUCUCGAGGAAUUUGUUGCCUCAAAAACAGGAACCUCAAAUGAUGAUGAGAACGUCGCGAGAGUCUAUGGCCUGGGUGCUUUCAAGGAUGUAAGGGCGGAAGCCGAGCAGCGAGUUUACGAGAAAUUGAACCAGAAGAUGGACCAAUUCCUGGACUUAGCCUCGUAUAACUGGACCGCUUCAGGGAGCAAGAAUCAUGCGAGUGAAUACCUUGUCGACCUCCUGACCUACCUCAAUGUUACCUUCCUGACCUUCACUAACCUUCCUGGUAAUGUCGCCCAAACCGCUUGUAUGUCAUCGUGCAAGCAUUUAGCCAACAGUUUAAGACAUUUUUUACUUGAUGAUAGGGUUACUGAGAUGAAUAUGAACGGACUUCAAGUAUUCAAUCAGGAUCUAAGGAAGUGUGAAGAAUUUGCAAAUUCCAAUCCAGUAGAAGGUUUUAAUGACGGAACGUUGCAAAUGACUUUCACAGAACUUAGACAGUUGGUAGAUCUUCUCAUGUCAGGUGACUGGUCUACCUACAUGGCAGACCAUGGUAAAGCUCACAGCAAAUAUUCGAGGGUGAACCCAUCUGUUGCAGCGAAAUUAUUGGAAAAAUUGUACGCAGAAUCGGACAAGAAAAAAGGCAUUUCUCUCAGUCUUCGUAAGGGAGAUCGGGAGAAGAAAAAAUUGUGGGAAACGACGAUAAAAAAAUUGCGAAGUUUGGAUGGUGACAAAUAUACGAACUAAGAAAAAUAUGUAGAGCUUGUUGAAUGAAUUUCAGUUUACAAAUCAUAGCAGAAUACAAACCUAUUCUAGAAAUUUUGAUAUUUUUUUAAACGUUACAUGAAGCUAGUUAAAUUGUAAAAUAUGUGAAAUAUAUAUUAUGUUGUCAGAGGUUUGUUUCGAUGGAAAGAUUUGAGGCAGUUUCAUGCUUUCAUGCUAUAGGAAGAUUUGCAUAAAAGUGAGUGCCUGAGCUGUUCUGAAACUGAUUUGCAUAUGAUAUGUACAUGUAUGAAUUUUCAUAAACUAGGAUUAAACGUCACAUUUGCAUUACACUGUUUUGAUCCGCUUGACUUGCUUUGGUCAAUCUGGCAAAUUCUUCUGGACAGACUUCAGGGGAGAGAAACUGAUGCGAGAUUCAAGCUGCGUUCACAUUUUUUGGUAAUUCUCCCAGCAACACAAUGAGUUUCAAAGUCGUGCGAACUUCAAAGACUCGCGUCGCCAAUCUACAAGGCUUCAAUGUUGAUCGUCAGAAGCCUGCGACGGCGAACGAACCGGAUUUGAAGAAAGAAGAGACGCCAAUGGAGGAGAGUAGUGUGGGGGAUGCUUUUGAGGAGCUGUUCGGGGAGGCGGGGGAAGAGGUAAAACCCGAGGAUCAAAACGUACCCAAACGUCAUGUAAAGAGAGAUGAUGAGUCUGAUGAGGAACCUUUGGAAGAUGUGCCUCCGAAACCAGAGUACAGCGGUGAUGUUAUCGAGGAAGGCGUGAAUCCCAGUAAAACGACCGAAGUGGAGAGCUCCGACUUGGAUGAUCUCAUUUCAGCCGCCAUGGACGAUUUACCUGACGAACAACCACAACAGCCUCCCGAGGAAAACAAGCGAUCUUCCACUCCAACUGAAGAUCGAGGUGGUGCGGAUAACGGUGCAGACUUUGGAGGAUUCCUAAGCAUGAUUAGGGACGAUAGUGCCCCACCACCUGCAACUGAAGGUAAAGAUGUUGUCGAUACACCACGCAAUAUACCAGCGUCUGAUAGGAGGUCUGGGGCUGAUGGUAACUCAAGGGACAGUUUGUCCGGUGGAAAGUCCUUGUCGACGACUUCAACGUACUCUUUCUCAUCCAAGUUUGUUCCAAAUAUUCCUGCCAGUUUUUACAAGAAUAUCCAAACGAAAUUGGAAGAUCUUAUUUUUAAAUUCGAGUGUUUGGACAACGAGUAUGCGGCAUUGCAGAAGAUCAGUCAUAAAAUGUAUACUGAGACGAUGGACGUUAAGAAAAUAUUCUCCAACGAAAGUUAAAGGACAACGGACAAUAUUAGUGCUAAUUUGUUACACUAAUUAGUUCAUUUAUGGUGUUCUAAUUAUCUCGUAGAAACUUUUAGAAUAUGAAGGAUUACUUGGUUGAGCAUAUUGCAAUAACAUAAUUGCAGAAUACUGAAAUAAUAAGACUUAGUUUCUUUUUUAUGUAUUAAAAUACAUUCCUCUA